AUGCUGCUUUGGAUUCUCUUGCUGGAGACGUCUCUUUGUUUGGCUGCCGGGAAUGUUACGGGGGACGUUUGCAAAGAGAAGAUCUGCUCGUGCCCCGAGAUCGAAGGCGACCUGCACGUCGACUGCGAGAAGAAGGGCUUCACCAGCCUGCAACGUUUCUCGGCCCCCACUUCCCAGUUCUACCAUUUGUUCCUGCACGGCAAUUCCCUCACGCGCCUUUUCCCCAAUGAGUUCGCUAACUUUUACAAUGCGGUCAGCUUGCACAUGGAAAACAACGGCUUGCACGAAAUUGUGCCGGGAGCUUUCCUGGGGCUGCAGCUGGUGAAGAGGCUGCACAUCAACAACAACAAGCUGAAAUCUUUUCGCAAGCAGACUUUCCUGGGGCUGGAUGAUCUGGAAUAUCUCCAGGCUGAUUUUAAUCUAUUGAGGGAUAUUGACCAAGGGGCCUUCCGGGACUUAAACAAGUUGGAGGUGCUGAUUUUAAACGACAACCUGAUCAGCAUCUUACCUGCCAACGUGUUCCAGUAUGUGCCAAUUACCCAUUUGGAUCUACGAGGUAACCGCCUGAAAACCUUGCCUUAUGAAGAUGUUUUGGAACAGAUCCCGGGCAUUGCUGAGAUCCUGCUGGAGGACAACCCAUGGGACUGUACCUGUGAUCUACUCUCCUUGAAAGAAUGGCUGGAGAACAUCCCCAAGAAUGCUUUGAUCGGCCGGGUGAUUUGUGAAGCUCCCACCCGUUUGCAAGGGAAGGAUUUAAAUGAGACAACUGAACAGGAGUUGUGCAGGAAAACCCGUGUGGACUCCAGCUUGGCAGCUCCCCCUGCAGAAGAGGAGACUUGUGAUCCUGGCCCUAUUCCCACUCCUUUUAAGAUCCAUGGCAAGGAAGAUUCUGCUACAGCAGGUUCUGCCCCUCAUGGGGGUACCAAGAUCCCAGUCAACUGGCAGAUCAAGUCCAGACCUACAGUUGCUAGCUCAAUCCACACCAUGAAAGGCAAGUCUUCCAGCAACACACCCUGCCCUGCCACCUGCACUUGCCACCAGAUUCCUGGAGGCUUCAAGGUAAACUGCAAUGAUGGCAACAUCAGCAGCCUGGUGGACCUGAAGCCUAAGCCAUCCAAUGUCCAUGAACUCUUCCUGAGGGGCAACAAGAUUCACACCAUUCGCAAAUCCCAUUUUGUGGAUUAUCAGAAACUCAACCUAUUGGACUUGGGCAACAACAACAUUGCCACUAUGGAAAACAAUACUUUCAAAAACCUGCUGGAGCUUGUGUGGCUCUACAUGGACAAUAACUAUUUAGACAUACUAUCUCGAGAGAAGUUCAAUGGUUUGCAAAACCUAGAGUACCUAAAUAUGGAAUUUAAUGUCAUCCAACUCAUCAUGCCAGGGACCUUUAAUGCCAUGCCUAAACUGAGAGUACUGAUUUUGAAUAACAAUCUUCUGAGGUCUCUCCCAGUUGAUGUUUUUGCUGGAGUCUCUCUCUCUAAGCUCAGCAUCCACAACAAUUACUUCCUUUAUCUGCCAGUGGCAGGAGUGCUGGAUCAACUCACCUCCAUUACCCAAAUAGAUCUGCAUGACAACCCAUGGGACUGCAAGUGUCCAAUUGUCCCUUUCAAACAGUGGGUGGAAAUGCUGAGGCCAAAGGUGAUGAUGAGUGACUUAAGGUGUGAGACUCCAGAAGAGUUCUUUAAAGAGGACUUUGAAUCUCUCUCCAAUGAGGCCAUUUGCCCUCAACUCAAAGUCAUGCCCACUUUGACUUCCACCCAUAAGAAUAGUACUGGCUUGGCAGAGACUGGGACUCACUCUAAUUCCUACUUGGAGACUAGUAGGGUCUCCAUCUCGGUGCUGGUGCCUGGCCUUUUGUUGGUGUUUGUCACCUCUGCCUUCACCGUGGUUGGCAUGCUUGUUUUCAUCCUGAGGAACCGGAAACGCUCCAAAAGGAGGGACGCCAACUCUUCUGCCUCAGAGAUCAACUCUUUACAGACAGUAUGUGACUCCUCCUACUGGCACAAUGGACCCUACAGUACAGAUGGAGCCCAUAGAGUGUAUGACUGCGGUUCUCACUCCCUAUCAGACUGA